AAUUAUUCUAAUACACGUCGCGUUACGGAUAAGGGUUUUUACGGGGUUACACGGUUGGUCAGCUCCUCAUUUUCGACACACUUUCAAACAAUUUUCUCGAUGUCAAAAAGCUUUAUAUUGUUUUCGUUGAGUUGUGGAAGGGUCACCACAUCAGAUCCAACUAGCGAUGAUGAUGGUGAUGUGUACCGAUCACUUUCCCAAGUCACUGCUGCCCCUAAGGUGUUGAUUGUUAUGUCAUUGAAGAUGUGA